UCUUCCUCAUCCUGUCCGCUCUGUCCACUGAGGAACCUUUCUCUUCUCAUUCUACGUCGAAGAACACUCAUUGCAGGAUGAAGGUCUCCAGCGCUGCCGCGUUUCUUACUCUCCUCUUCUCCCCGGUCGCUCUGGCGGCGCCUUCUCUUGCCCUGUGGAAAGACCAGUCACCUAUCCAGAUUGACGAUGACCUCUCGGUUCCUGGAGAGAAUCCCUUAAGCUUCUGCUCUUCCCCCGCAACUGAUAUCCUGACCAUCGAGCGUGUGGACCUGUUCCCAAAUCCUCCACUUCCAGGCAAGACUCUCACCAUCAAGGCUAGCGGUACCUUCUCCAAGCAGGUCGACAGGGGCGCAAAGGUCCUGCUCCAGGUGAAAUACGGCCUUAUCCGAUUGAUCAACCAGACCGCAGAUCUGUGUGAUCAAAUUGAGAACGUUGAUCUCCACUGCCCUCUCGAGAAAGGAAAGAUGACCUUCACCAAAAACAUCGAUCUUCCAAAGGAAAUUCCACCAGGCACAUACACCGUCAAUGCUGAUGUUCUCACGAAGGACGAUGAGAAAGUUACUUGUCUCCAUGCUGCUGUUACCUUUGAAUUUGGACGCUAAUUUGGGAUUCGCCUCUGCUUCCCUUGCUCCGUCCGUCCUGCCUGCCUCGAGACCGGCUUCAUCGCAGUCCCACAAUCUCCACACGACCUAUAAUCCUCUUGUAACGCCUGCCGACUUCACUAUACCACACUCUAUCUCACUUACCGCUAUGCCACCGGAAGACGCUUCUAGUUCCAUGAAUGAUUAAUGGUCAAUGUGUUUUUUCACCAUUCUACUCGGUGUCUUCUGUACCCUCGAGAGUUUGUUUUCCCCCACCUUUUUGCGUGAUAAUUAAUGUAUCGAUGAUACGCAGUGACGUGGCGCACUGGGUCUGUUUCUCGGUUCAAUCAUGAUGAUUUUAGCUUUCAGGUUCAAGCGAUAUUUUUUCACUGCAAGACAAGCGAUUAUGUUUCUACACCUGCGUCAUUGGAUCCA